AUGACAACAACAAUAAGCAAGCAAGAGCUACAACAACAACAACAACAACAACAGCAGCAACAACAACAACAGCAGCAGCAGGAGCAGCAGCAAUUCAAGCUACAAUACACGCCAGCAACAGCAGCAACAGCAGCAACCACUGUGCCCAGCGCGCUGCAGUUCGAUGCAAUCAACAACAACAACAACAACAACAUCAAUGGAGUUCAAGUGGAGCCUCAGAAGCGUCGCUCGCUGCUCAAUUUUAAGUCGCUGGACUUUCAUAUCAAGUCGCUCUACAGCGGCCUGCGCCCCAACCACAAGUCCGCCUCAUCCUCGAUACAGGACAACAGUCUGGCCACAGUUCCACGCCCAGCGCCCGAUCUGCGCAUCGAAAGCGUCGACGCCGCCGCGCCCUCAGAUCUGUUGCUCGACUACACCCAAUCGCCGUAUACGCCACGCCGCAACUCCAGCACACAGCUGCUGCCACUGAACAACUUGUCGCCUUAUUUUCUAUCGCCCUAUGCAGCGUCUGCUUCCGCUGCUGGAGCUGGAGCUGCAGCAGCUGGCGCGGCAGCAGCAGCAGGCGAUGGCAUACGCCGCUCCUCCACCUCGGACAUUGUGGGCUGCCGGCGGCGCGGCUCAAGCGCCAGCAACAGCAACAGUCGCCGGCCCAGCACAACGGAUUUGCUGAGGCGCGCGCGGGAGCGACGCGGCAGUGAGGCGCGCAUGGGACGCAGCGUCUCGCACAGUGGCAUGCGUGGUGGCAGCAUGUUGGGCGGUGGGGCAGGCUGCAUGGGCGGACGACGCACUAGCAUGGCGUUCUAAGCUUCUUCUUCUGCAUAUGAAACUAACAAGAAAAACACAACAAAAAAAUUUACAAAAAAAAAAAAAAA